UACAAUCAUCAUUCUCAGGUUUCUCACUCACAAACACUCCCAAGUUCUUUCGAAUAAACAAACAAAUUCCAUUUUGAUACCACUUAAAAUUUACUGUCUGUAAAAUUUUUACGUAAGUAAAAGUUCCGAUCAAAACAAUGCCUGUGAUUCAUGUCCGAAGCGAAUCCGAGUACGAGACCGUGCUGACCAAGGCGGCCGACAAGUUGGUAAUUGUCGAUUUCACGGCGAAAUGGUGCGGCCCAUGCCAAAAAAUAGCCCCCAUUUAUGAAGAAUUGAGCAACAAGUAUCGAAACUCCAUUUUUCUAAAAGUGGACGUUGACGAUACGCAAGAGAUCGCGAUGGCAAACAACGUCUCGGCAAUGCCAACGUUUAUCUUUCUCCGCCAGAAGAAGGAGCUGGACCGUGUUCGUGGCGCAGAUCCAGACGCGUUGGAGCAGCGAAUUAAGAAGUUGGGGGGACCGGCUGGACAGCCAAGUUUCACGGGGGAGGGACGCCGGCUUGGAGCAGAAGAUAACAAUUUGUCGGUGGAGGCGAAUUCUUCCACAUCAGGCUCUUCAGUUUCGGUGGAAUCUGCACAACGCGCAAUGGGCGUGGAUGAAUCGAAGCCUGUGACGAAAAUUAAUGUGCGAAUGGCUGAUGGAUCAAAAUCCACCGUGACUCUAAAUCUAUCCCAGCCUGUGUCAUCUAUUCGAGAAUUCAUUUGUGCAAUCCGACCCGACCAAGCUUCGAAAAGCUUUGUAAUAAUGACCACUUUUCCUAGCAAGGUGUAUGAAAAUGAAGAAAUUUCAAUAGAAGAAGCAAAAUUAAUGAAUGCUGUCGUCGUGCAGAAGAUGAAGAAGUAGAUCUUGCCAAUGAGCUAAAGAAGGACUAUGCCCCUGACUCGGGCUAUAUGGAGUCUGCACUGUAGGUUUUUUGAUUUUAUCCAUUUUCUAUCAUGUUUUGUACAAAAAUCCCGUAAUCUAAAUUCAAUAUUUUUAUAUUUAAGCACAUUUUAACCAGCGAAAGCGGAAACAAUCUUGUCCAAAUUUAAUACAACCAAAGUUAAUUUCUACCUAAAUAAUCCAAAGAACUAAAAAUUUACUGUGAACGGCGACACUACUGCUAAUCUUAUAACAGUCAAUAAAGACGAUUUUGCUAUACAUUCA